CGAGAUCAAGCACCUUGUUCGACGAACCUGGAUAGAGAUCAGCCCUAGUCUUUGACUCGCUUGGCAAUUGGCGUCGUUUGCGAGAGCAUCUCUUUUGUCCACAUACGUACUCUGACGGUAAGUCUCCCGCCCGCCUUAUUCAGUUUCGCACCAUGUCGAGUUUGUGCCGACUUAUCUCGAGUCGGAUUGUGUUCGCAAAUCCUAGCCUCGCAUUCCAUCCGUCUAUUUAUAUCUAUCUAUCUAUCUAUCGCCACCAGUAGUCUUUUUCUUUUCUAACUCCCUGAAUUCGCUUUCUGGGUUUCUCUUUUUUGUUGUAUGGCGGAAUUCAAUCGUCUGCGCAGAUGGGGUACGGGCAUUUAGGGCAUAAUAAGACAACGGAGCAGCUGAAGAUGCUGAUGCUCCUGGUGACGACGGUGAUGGCGUUGGUCAUCAGCUGCAUCACGCGAUCGGUGGUGGCUGGGAUAUUGAUCUACACUGGCGGAAUGGGUCUGACUAUAUUCAUCUUGGACCGCCAAUUGGACCUGGAAGAGGAACCCCUCCUCGAGGAAGAGGAGGAGCUGGUGCUAAUUGACUGGAAAGGGCUUAAAUUGGAGGAUCCGCAGAUGCAGAUAAUGGUUGUGACACCCCCGGUGAUGGCAUUGGUCAUGUUCUGCUUGACAGGGUCGUUACUGAUGAUGAUAUUGAUCUUCGCCUACACAGUAGUUAUCAUUAGUAUCGGCCUCAUUCCUUACUGGCCUUGCUUCAAUCGCCACCAUCUCCCUCUCGCUGAGAAGCAUCCUCCUCUGGUUGUUGCUUGCUAAGAAGAAAUAGGAUGAGUGGAU